CGCAUCCCCCCCCCACCAGCCGUCGGGAUGCUCUCCACCAAGCAAUACACCGCGGGCUACCUCGCCUCGGUGUCCAGUCCAGAACAGCGCAAGCUCUUUGAAAAGAGCGUGCUCGAUAAGGAAAAUCAGCACCGCCAGAUCUUUGCCCAAAAUCCAACCUCGGCAGAGGUCAAGGAUCCGCUCGUCUCGCUUCUCCCGGUCCAUCAGACGGACCCCGCUAUCUGGAAAUUUACGCCUGCCAAUGACUCGGUUCCCAAGAUCAUGCCCCGCUCGGAGGACAUCCCCGUCGAAAGCGCGUCGAUCGGCAGCGCCAAGGACUUUCGUGAAAACUGGAAGGCCUUCAGCGAAGUCAUGCUCGAAACCAUCGACUGGAACAACGUCAUGGCUGCCGGCGGAUCCGUUCUUGCCUGCCUCGAACCUCUCCCCGCGGAGCACGCCGGUUCGGGUGCGCAGAGACGCAAGUACAUGCGCUCCAAAUUUCCGUCGUCGGACUUGGACCUGUUCAUAUAUGGGCUUGACGAAGACCAGGCCAAGCAAAAGAUGAUGGCCAUAUACAACGCUCUGCUGGAUGUGAUCCCCUUUGAAGUCACCGUGUUUCGCUCUCCGCAUGCCGUCACUCUGGUGUCUCAAUAUCCGUACCGACACAUCCAAAUUGUUUUGCGGCUCUAUCGCUCGCCCGCAGAGAUUCUCAUGGGCUUCGACGUCGACUGCUGUGGCGUCGGCUUUGACGGCCAAAAUGUGUAUGCCACUCGCCGUGCGCAUCUGGCGAUCAGCUCCAAGGUCAACUGCGUUGACAUGAGUCGUCGCUCCACCUCCUACGAAGUGCGCCUAGCCAAGUAUGCCGAGCGUGGAUACGAGAUUGCUGUCCCUCAGCUCCAGAGAGACAGGAUCGAUCCUCAGGUCUAUGAGCGCAGCUUUGAAAAGGUCCAAGGUCUUGCCCGCCUGCUCCUGUUUGAGAGCCUCAGUUCGCAGGGAGCGCGAAUGACGUUCAAGGAACAGCAGCGCACACGCCGCCUCCGGCCAUCCCACGACAAAGCCGGCGCCCAUCGACGUCUUGCCUACAGACGCAACCAGGAUCUCACGGCUGGCGGAGUUGAUUCCAACGACUACAGCACGCUCUUUAUGCCCUAUGGACCAGGCUGGACAGCCGAAAAGAUCCGCAAGAAGGCCUACAAGAAGGACUACAUCCUCAACAACCCGUACCUCAUGCACAAGUUUCGUCGCACCCGGCACCACCAGCACCCAUGCUUCUUUGGCACCAUGGAGGAUGUCAUGGAGGACUGCUGCGGACAAUGCCCCCCUCUCCCGGACGACUACGACCCAGAGGAAAAGAACAUAUUUGUGUUUGGGCCACUCGGCUUCAUCAAGGACGAUCCCGGACGACAGCAGAUUGGUAGCUUCCAUCCUGUCGACGACAAUGAGUGGACCAAGGAUGCUUAUCUGCCCGACGGAAUCUACGACUGGCUGCAAUACAUUGCCGACGACAAUGUCCAAGCACUCAAGCAGCACACAGCCGCCGAGGAGUUCGAUUUCGACCAACGCGAUUGGCUCGGCCGCACGCUGCUCCAGGUUGCUGUGCUGUGCAACUCCAUCAAGGUCGCCACUUACCUCAUCGACAAGGGAGCCUCUAUCAGCCUGACGCUCCCAGACGGAAGAAAUCCCCUUCACAUCGCCUCCGAGUACGGCUAUGUUGAGAUACUCGAUAAGAUCGUCGAGCGCAACCGGGCCAACAUCAGCAAAAAGGCCCAGGAUGAAGAAAAGAGGCACGACUCGCCUGAUCAACCGGCAAAAAAGAAGCUGAAGCUCUCGGAAGAAGACGAGGGCGAGAUAGAUUCGGUCACCCAAGACGACCUCAGCGAAGAAGAGGACUAUGUCAGCGUCGAUCCGGCCGAAGCCACCAAGCCUAGCAAGGCUCAGGGUGGCGAGGCCAAAGGAGACGAGGAGGAGGAGAUCAAGUACGACAUUAUCGACACUGCUUUUGUUGACUGGGAUAUGAAGAUGACUCCGCUGCACUAUGCGUGUCUCCACGGCCAGCGCGAGGCCUUUGAGCGCCUCGUCGAGGCCGGGUGCUCCAUCAGCCAAAAUGUGGAGAUCAAGGUCAACGACUGGUCUCCAAAGCGUAUCUACACCCUGUUUGAUCUUGCUUUAGCAUGCAUUGAUCGGGAAAAGCAGAUCGGAAUGAUAGAAGCCUUGAUCGCCCACAAAGUGCCGCUCGAUAGGCUCAACACAAGCCGCACGGACACGAUUUGGCACAGGGCCGUCACAGAGGAGCGCAUGGACAUCAUUCAGAUUCUUUCCUCGAGCAAUCACAUCGAUCGAGAGGGGCUGGUCGAGUCGAUGAACCUGAUGAAUGCUUCCAAGACCACGCCUGUGGCUCUCGCCGCACAACUCGGCCGGCCAACUAUUUUGAAGGCUCUUCUGGAUGCCGGCUGUUCGGCUGAUAUUCCGGUCGAGUCAUGCUCCAAGUUCCUUUCGGCUUCCUCCGGCGAUUGGUGGUCCGUCAGAGACUACCAGAAUGAUCCGAAUGUUAUGAAAUCCAUGAUUGCGCAGCCGCUGAAACUGGCCAUUGACAGAGGCCAUCAUGAGUGCGCUCGAUUGCUGAUUGAACACGGUGCCGACGUGAACUUUGUCACGUCGAGCCCCAGUGAGGAAACUGCCCUCGAUGCUGCCGACAGAGCCAUCGGAUCUGCCACAAAAGCGGUCGCUAUCAUGCGGGAGAAGCAGUCCAAUCCUGAAGCCGUCGCCGACGACCCACUCAAAAGCCUCCGUGAUAGGCUCAAGCGUGCCGCUCCAAAUUCUGUGGAAGAAUUCCUGCUCGACAAGCUGAUCAAAGCCCAGGAGACCACCAUCACGACCGACGUCAAACCCACCGAAGACCCAAGCUUGCCCCGCGACGACUGGGUUCAGGCUCUUGAAGAUGACCACGACGACGCCCCCGCGGUCGUGGAGGGCUGUGCCACCCCUGAGGAAAGGAAGCUCUUCCAGGUGCUUGUGGCUGAACGAACUCUCCGUCGCCUGAAGCUCUGCCGUGAUGCCCUCAUCUCGAAGGGCGCUAGCACUGCGGCCGACCUUAAAGCCCAGCAUUUGGAUGCUGAGACACUGAAGCAGCAAAAAGAGUUGCAGGCGUUGGUCCAGCUGCAGAACCAAACCAUUGCCGAUGCACAGCUGAAGCUGCUGAAGCUGAACCAGCAAAAUGCUACCGUGCUGCCCUCUCUUGCGCCGGCUCCCAACCCUUUGCAUCAGUUCCAGAUCAUGGAUCGAUCGCCUGGGGCGUACUCCAGCGUUACAUACACCAAUAUUGAAAGCAAGCUGUCGACGGCAUAUCUUUCUCUCUUUAGGGCGUCCUGGAAGGGCGAUGUCACGCAGAUCCGUAAGCUCACCGUCGAUGCCCCAGACAAGAAACAGCUACUCGUCUACGUUGUCCACAUCGGCCUCUCGGUAACCCCGCUGAUGCUGGCCACCUGGCGCGGUCACAGCGAGGCUGUCGCCGAGCUUCUCCGCAUCGCUCGCUUGCAACGAUCCAAGAAGGAUGCUUCUGAAUCGGACAAGCCCACGCGCGCUGUCAUCAACAACUACGAGGAUGAAGAUAUGGAUGAGGAAAGCAACCCCUCCGAGCCAGACGUAGAUGCCGGUGGCUCCGAUCCCAACGACGACGACAACGACGACGACGAGGAUUACGUCGAAGACGGUGAGGCGCCAUCAGUGCGCACGGUCACCGCCACGACCAAGGCCACCCUGCUGGACUUGUGCCAAGUCAAGUCGCGCUUCUUCUUGGAGUAUGCCCCCCACGACGGCGUUCUCUCCAGGAAAAUCGACGCCACUGCCCUUGACAUUGCCCUCGGCACCCGGGCCACCGAGGCCGCCAGGGCCAUUCUCGAGGCCCUCAAGGGCGAAAAGGGCUGGGAUCUUACUUUCAAGAACGACGGUAAAAACUAUGGCUCGUGGGCCGUCGGCCAGAUCGGCGUGACCAUUCUGAAGGGCGAUGUCAAGGGACUCCGGGCUCUGAUUGAGCAUGAUCUCGCCGGUCUUGAGCUGUUUGAUGUGUUCCCCGAUAUCCCAAGGCCCAAGGAGCACGAAGCUCCCUCGGAAGCCAAGAUCGAGGAGGCCGCCGGCAAAAAGAGCCGGGUUCGUCCAUAUACAGGACUGAACCCCAAGUCCAUGCAGCUCCCGGCCAAGCCCGAGGCAAAGCCCUUGACGAAUUCGCCCGUGCAGAGCGGGCUGAUGCACCUUGCUGCCGCCUUUGGGCGAGCAGACUUGAUGCAGCGCCUUCUUGACCUGGAGUGGGUCACGGAGGCCGUUACGGUCUUUAUGAGCAACUAUAGCAGCAGUCCGCGUGCGAUUGCGCUCUCUAGACUGCCAAAGGCCGAGCUCACCAAGAUCCUGACAGUGUACUUCCAAGGCCUCUCCACAAACGAUAUGGGAAACCCUUCGCCAAUCCACUGGGCAGUGCACCACAACCGCCCCGAGUCGAUUGCCAAGCUCGCGAGUAUCAUGCCCGCUGCUGCUCUUCGCUCGAUGCUGUUUGAAAAAACGCGCAACAACCAGCUUUUGCCGACCCACUCGGCGGCCAGCUGUGGCAACUUCCGAUGCUUCAAUGCCAUCGUCGAGGCCGCCAAGACAGUGGGUGAGGGCGAUAACAUUGUCACCCACACCGACGGUCUGAGGAAAUGGAAUGUCCUUCACCACGCUGCCUACGAAGGAAGAGUCGAGUUUAUCGAGCAUCUCUUCAAGUUUGUUCCAGCCAACCAGAUAGCCAGCCUCCUGCAGCUGCAGUCCGACACUUACUGCUACACGCCCACGAUGCUGGCUGCUGUCAACGGCCACCGCCGAACCGUCAAGUUGCUGCUGGAUGCCCAGCAGAACCUCGCCAAGAGCGGUCGCCCGCUUCCCGACGACGCCAAGAGCUAUCUCGGCUGUAGCCCCCUGCACCUUGCCAUCCGCGGAGGUUACUUGGACAUUGUCAAGUCCUUCCUGUCCGACAUCGAGACGCGCGGCGUUCCCUCCACAAUGAUGGCGGCAGACGCUCGCCUCGCUGCCCUCGGAGCCGAGGACGCUGGCGGUAUGCAUGCCGUGCAGACUUCGCACCAGAUCAUCCACCGAUCCUUCAUUCAAAGCAGCCUCAAGUCUGCCGAUUUGCCGCCCGCACCCAAGGCUAUUGUUGUUGGUGGCAAGCACAAAGUACCCAAGCCGAAGGGCGACCACACGCCGAGCGAUCACAUCGGCGUGUACCGCUAUCUCCAUGGGCAGCCUGAAGAGCCCCGCCGCUCGCUCACGCCCUUGGAGGCCACCCUCAAGGCGACCCAAGUCGGCAUCCGCACCGCCAGCGGCCAACCUCGAUCCAAGCCGCCUCCGGACUUGGAUAACUCCUCCUGGAGCGAAGUUUUCUCCGCCGGCUCGGGCGGAUACUAUGUCCAGUCCGGAGAUCCGCCCGGCUUGCGCUGGCUGCAGCUUGUCGACAGCGGCGCCGUUUGCUCUGCCACCUGCGGCGACAGCGAAGACGACGCUUCCGACGGCGAUGACGAUAGCGAUUCGUAACUGGUGGUGACUGCAUCCCUUCCCUCCACAAGUGCUGACUAGACCAGAGUUUCAUUCCUGGAGUUAUCGUGCAACGCAUCAGAGAAAGGGCCGGACUGAUUGCCCGCCCCAAUACAAUAUUGCUCUUGGUCUCGCACUUCCGGCGACA